GCAUGCUCCAUUUCGGUGGGUCCUCCAUUUCUCUGCCAAGCGAUUUCCUGUAUCUCACCUUCUCUCUUUCUCCCUCCCUCUGCCCCCCCACUCUCUUGCCUCUGUUGCGGCCCCGAGAAUUUAUUUCUAGGGUUUCGUUUCGUCCGAUUACGAUCGCUGCAGGCGGGUUUUGUGUCAGGCUCGAGGGUUUUGAGGGGAAAAUCGGGGUUGAUAGUUGAAGUUGAAGCUAGUGCUUUACUCGAGGAGGUGUUCUUUAAUGGCGGGGAUUUGCUGUGGUGUGGUUGGCGAGAGCGAGGCCACGGCUCCAGUGGAGCCGACCUCUCGAGGCUCGAUCCGGAGGAUGCUGGAGCCUCUUCCUUUCAAGCUCGUCGCCGAUGCUGCGUCGGUGAGCGUGAAGUCACCGCCGGUGGAGAACGGUCGGAAGAGGCGAAAGAUCGGUGUUUCUCUGCUCCCCUACGAAGGAUCGAUCUCGGCGGAGAGCAGUGAGCCUGCAAAAGCAAAAGCGGAAGAAAACGGCGUCACGGUGCGGGAGAGCGAAGUUUUGAGCUCGAAUCAGCAGCUGAAUCAGAACAAGAGCUCAAAGGACCCGGUGGCAAAGGAGUCGGUGGCCCAGGAGCAUCCUAAGUUCGGUUUGACUUCGGUCUGUGGAAGAAGGCGGGAAAUGGAAGAUGCUGUUUCUGUUCGGCCAUGGCUCUGCACUGAACGCCCUGAUAAUCAAAGCGGAUUGCAUCUCUUUGGUGUCUUUGAUGGCCACGGCUGCUCUCAUGUGGCGAUGAGAUGCAAGCACAGGCUUCACGAGAUCGUGAAGGAGGAGAUCGAGCGGUCAAGCGAGGAGAUACAGUGGAAGGAGACGAUGGAGAGCAGCUUCGCAAAGAUGGACAGGGAAGUCCACGAGUGGAGUGAUGGCGUCAAGGCAUCCAACUGUCGGUGUGAGCUCCAGACCCCCCAGUGUGACGCCGUCGGAUCCACCGCCGUCGUUGCCGUAGUCACUCCGGACAAGAUCAUCGUCUCCAAUUGCGGUGACUCCCGCGCUGUCCUCUGCCGGAACGGCGUCGCGGUACCCCUGUCCACAGAUCAUAAGCCGGAUCGCCCCGACGAGCAUGACCGGAUACAGAACGCCGGUGGGAGGGUCAUAUACUGGGACGGGCCACGUGUCCUCGGGGUGCUCGCCAUGUCAAGGGCCAUAGGCGACAACUACCUGAAGCCGUACGUGAUACCCGACCCGGAGGUCACGGUGACGGAGCGCAGCGCGGAUGACGAGUGCUUGAUUCUGGCGAGCGACGGGCUGUGGGACGUCGUGACUAACGAGACCGCGUGCGGGGUGGCCAGGAUGUGCCUGAGGUCGCAGAAGCCGCCAUCGCCGCCCUGGUCCCCGGGGACGGCGGACGUUGCAGUGGGCGCGGCCGCGGAGAGCUCGGACAGGGCUUGCUCCGACGCCUCGAUCUUGCUGACGAAGCUGGCCCUGGCGAGGCGCAGCAUGGAUAACGUGAGCGUGGUCGUCGUCGACCUGAGGAGAGGGGGGGCUGUAAAGCAGCAACAAUAGACGUGUUUCAUUGUACCGAUAAUUUCCCCCUUUUCUUCAUUUUUAUUAUUAUUUUUGUUUUGAGGUUUUUGAUUACUAUGAGAAAUGAUGAUAGUGUUCAUCAUCGACACAGAUUAAAACAUGCUACGAAGUGGUAGCAGAUCUGUCUCGUUCUCUAGAGAGAAGUGUAAUUUGUAGGAUUGUUCUAUAAUACUAACUAGAUGAGAUUGAAAGAUGUAUGUAGAAUCUAUUUUCACUAUCCCAGUUACGGGAUGGUCUGAUCUGCGUUUCGUGAGCUACCGAGCUA